AUGACACAAACCACGACACCAUUGCACUGCACUGAGAUUACAUACAAGGAGCUUGAUCAACCGCUUCACACUCUCUUCAACAACUCACAAUAUUCUGACUUUUCCAUUCUGUUCGCCACUCGAAAAGAACGGGUGUAUGUGUGGCGUGGAAUUCUUGCCUCCUACUCUGAAUAUUUCAAUACCAUGUUCCAAUCGUCUCAACAAUUUACUGAAAAUGUAAAUUCUGAAAUGAUGGUCAAUGAUCCCGAAGAGGAAGAUUCCCUCUAUAAACUGAUACAAUUUUUCUACACGGGAACUUUGACCUAUACCUUGAUCGAAGAGGCACUACAAUUAUUACUCGUCUCUCAAAAGUACAUGAUACAAGGAAAAUUACCUCAACAUUUAAAAACCCAAAUUGAGAGCAACAUUAAUGUAUCGAAUUGUUUUUCGAUAUUUCAACAAUUGGCUCUCCUAGAUUCUACAGCUGAAGAUUCGUUUGUAAAUUCCAUUCUGUCCAUGGCUGUGACGGAAAUGGCUCGAAAUUUUUCCACACUAUUGAAAGAACACAUUGCCGAUCUGUUAACCUUAUCCCCUCAACUCAUGCUGGUCAUGAUGCGAGAAUUUUCCAAAUUGUGCCAUCCGAAAACCAUGAAAAUUGCCUCUGCCUUGAUGAGAAGCUCGAGUACCACCUCCACAGGUCCUGUAGUAGGAGAUGGUGUCGCUGUGAUCCAUGAAGUGAUUCCUCCACAUUCUCCUUCUACCUCUUACACGAGAAGAAAAUUCGAGAGAAUUUCACAACCUCAAUUGAGACGAAAUAGUCGAUCGAGUGUGUCUGCACCAAAUUUAAAUCAUCAUGCUUUCUCUGCAGAAGGAAUGGUCAAGUGUGAUGGAAAACAAUUCUUGAGGUUUUUGAUGGACUGGAUGAUUAUGGAUGUGGAUGCAAGAAAGGACGUCGUGGCUGAAAUUAAAGCUCUCGAAAGUACUUUAUCGUACUCCCAAUAA